UUCCGACUACGGACGCUAAGAACCAUCCUGCCCCUCUAAACUUCGAAAACCCCUCGCUUUCUCGCUCGCCGGCAGAUGAACUCGGAACCACAACAUGAAGAACAUUUACGCCCUCGCCGCCAACGCAAUGCAGCCCUCCUACUUCUUCCACGCGCUCUAUCCCACAUAAACCCCUCUUGUCUUCUCAAUUGACCAUCACAAUCUCAUCCCACCAUCUCAUCCCACAAUCUCAACGCCCUCAACGCACUCAACCAACUCAACCAACUCCACCAACCAUGCCUCCCACCGCUCCCCCCAACGCCCCCAACACCGCCAACUCCGGCAUCCUCUACGUAACCAUGCAACCCGCCCCGUUCCUCCCCCUCCCCCGCUUCCACGACUGGUACAACAACGAGCACGGCCCGGGCCGCCUGCGCCUCCCCUUCGUACCCACGGGCUUCCGCUACCGCGCCGCCGACGCCCUCGCCCCGUCCCCCGCGCACCCCGAGUGGAUGGCCGUCUACGACAUCGCCGACAUGGCCGAGCUAACGCGGGAGACAUACACGCGGCUGCGCGCGCCGCCGGUGCAGAGCGCGCGGGAGCGGGACACCAUGAAGGACAUCGCGAUCCGGCGGCGCUUCUACGACGCGGUGCCGGGCGCGGAGUGGGCGGCGCCGGGGUACGUGGAGCUAGAAGCAGUAGGGCAAGAGGGGACGAAGGGGAGGGUGCUGGUGGCGGUGCUGGUGACGCUGCGGGAGGGGCAGGAGGCGGAGCGGGAGGAGCGGCUGGGGCGGUGGUAUGCGGAGGAGCAUGUGGGGAUGUUGCAGAAGGUGCCUGGGUGGCUGCGGACGCGGCGGUUUGUGACCAGUCGGCAUGAGACGGCGGGGGGGAAGAGGGAGUUUCUGGCGCUGCAUGAGUAUGAGGCGGAGAAUGGGGUGGGUGGGGAGGUGUUUAGGGAGGCGGUGGGGACGGCGUGGGCGAAGGAGAUUUUUGAGGAGGUGCUGGAGGAGCGGGUGAAGAGGGUGUAUGGGUCGUAUUAUACGUUUGGGCCGGCGCCGAGGGAUUUGGGGUGCUUGGAGAGUGGGGAGGUGGUGCCGGCGGAGAGUACGGAUGGGAAGACGAGGACGAGGCCGAAGAAGGGGGAGAAGAGGGCGGUGAUUGAGUCGUAUGUCACUACGAAGGAUGGAGUGGAGCUGCCCUAUCGACUUGAGGGCGCGUCGGAUCCGCAAGCUCCGCUCAUUGUUCUCUGCAACUCUAUCUUGGUGCAGUUUGGAAUCUGGGACGCGUUUGUUGAUGCGUUUCUCGAGAGAUCGGAGAACAAGAAGUUUCGGAUCCUGCGAUAUAACACGCGAGGACGAUCGAGCAACUCCGGAUCGCAGCCGGUCACAGUCGAUUUGCUAGCUUCAGACAUCCUCUCGCUUCUCGACGCUUUGAGAGUGCCGAGGGCUGCGGCAGUCAUCGGUGUCAGCCUUGGAGGCGCAACGGCCCUCACCGUCGGGUUGAAAUACCCUGACCGAGUUGCAACAUUCGUGGCAUGUGACACGAAUGCCAAUAGCCCCGCUGGAAACAGCAAAGCAUGGGGCGAGAGAAUUGCAAUAGCCGAGAAGGAAGGUGCUCAAGCCCAAGGCGAAGCAGUUGUGGGAGAUGAGCUGGCAGAGGCCACGGUCAGGAGGUGGUUCGUGAAGGAAAGUUAUGACGGAGCAAAGACGGAGGCGGAGAUUGAGAGAGUCAAGAAGAUGGUAGGGACGAACAGCCUCGCAGGCUUCAAGCACAGCGUGCAGGCCCUCUUCGACUACGAUCUGAGGGAGGAGAUGAAAUCGUAUACCGGAGAAGGCGCGUUCCUAGUCGGCGGUGGUGAUGGUGUUCUACCCCAGACGAUGAAAGACAUGUCGGAAUCACUUGGACAGGGUGCACCCUACUUUGUGGUUGAGGGAGCUGGACAUCUACCCAUGGUGGAGAAGCCGGAGCAGGUAGCUCUUUACGUAUCUGAGUUCUUGUAUUAGAUUCUGCAUUCAUAUAGACAUCUUGAUGGAUCGGUCUCUGAAGUGAGCCAUUUUUCGAAGGACUUCAAUUUUAUGGAAACCAUUUCUCAAAGGGGUUGGC